CCUAAAAUUUUUAAAAUUGUUCGUUACCGCAAAAAAUGUGUUUAUUAUGGGCCUGCACAAGGUCCUUCGCUCAUCGACACCCGAAGAUUUUCGUGGGCUUCUUACAUCCAUUCGCUGUGAUUUUAGUGCUGGUGAUCACCGUAUAUUUUGUGGUAUUGCAAAUGUUUUACGUGGUGCCCAAACUAUUCGAAAUGGAUACAUUGGUGUACAAACUGUUCUGGCUGUUGGCCAUCUUUAUUUGCUACAAUAUCUUCGGCAACAUGCUGGCCUGCCAUCUCACAGAUACUUCGGUGCCGAGCCUGCCACUGGAAAAGCAGAGUCCGGAACCGGGAGAGGGGCACCUCUGGGAUUUCUGCGACAUCUGCGAGAGGAAGAUGCCUCCGAGGUCCUGGCACUGUGUCCUGUGCAAUCGUUGCAUCCUGAAGCGGGAUCAUCACUGCAUCUUCACGGCCACCUGCAUUGGGCACAAUAAUCAGCGAUACUUCUUCUGGUUCACCUUCCAUAUGGCCUUGGGCACUGGCGUGGCCUUGGCAACUCAUACACUGGUUGUUUUGCAAUAUUGCAGCUAUAUGAACUUGUUUUUCUUAAACUUUAGUAAUGUAAAAGACCUUCCAAAUUGGCUGUUUUUAAGCUUGUUGGUCAAUAUCUACGCACUUGCUGCUCCAGGAGCUGCCUUGUUCGUUCAGUUUUUGGCAUUGCAUAUAAAUGGUACUUUGCAUGACCUCUAUAGUGAGACGUACAAUCUGGGAAUCUGGCGGAAUUUCAAGAUGGUUGUGGGUGAAAAGGGUCUUUGGACCUUUUUUUCGCCCACCAUCAAAAGUCCCUUACCACACGACGGCACCAAAUGGGAAGCCAAGGAUGUGGGCAUCGGCGAGUGUUAAUAUAUAUUCCUUAUUUGUCCUUUUUUUUAGUUAAAUGGGAUAUUAUAAAUAAUUAU